AUGGCUGGCAAUCUUUUGGCUAAUCGUCUGUUCGGCGGGGGAUGGGGUGGAGGCUGGGGUGGUGGUUGGUGCAGUGGUUUCGGUGGUGGAUGGGGGGUUGGUGGUGGUAGUUAUUGUCACGCACCAACCAUCAUCGAAGAAACGAAUAUUUACAACACUGAAAUUAAUGACUAUGAUCAUGGAAACGACUUCAGUUAUGUGGAUGAUUACCAAACAGACUAUUUCGACGAUGGUGGAUUUGACGACUCCUGA